GACGAAGCUGCUCCAAGCGGUCGCUUCAUUCACAAAACGCAGUUGGCGCGCGGCAGGCAAACAAAGUGGACGUGGAAAGUGAGAGCCACCCGAGCUGGAAACUGGAACCUAAGGCGGCAUGGUGAAGGUGGACGCCUGGCACCUGGCCAUAACAAUUGCAAAUUAGCUCCAAGUGAAAGUUGACGUCAACUCAAGUGGCAGCCGCGCCGGUUCGUGACUGUAGCCGGUUUUUGUUUUCGAUUGGGAUUCGAGCCCGCAACCCGCCCAACGCCUUUGUUGACAAAGUUAUUGCCUGGCUAUUGCCUAAUGGCAAAGUAAUUGAUUUGCAUUCGAUGAGGAUGUGCGGCAAUUGAUUCUCUGCUGAAACAUUCGCACAGCAGUCGGCUUUUGGCCAUCAAACGGAAUACCACACACACUCCUGGCCAUGUCGUUGUCCGUGGCAAGCCGCCGUCGCUACCAGACGACAACAACGUCGACGUCGACGUCGACGUCGACUGCGUCGCUGGCUGUGCGCAAGCAGCACUCGCUCAUGGAACCGGCCAGCCACGUCCAUGGCGUCAGCAGAUAUUCAGCCCAGCAGCGCGGCUAUUUAACGCGUGGCCUCUCCGUCGGCCGCUCCAUUGAGAACAUUCGCCAGAAGCUGUACGCGCCCAGCCCGGCGGGCCGCCUGAGCCGCCAGACAUCGCUGGCCCUUGACGAAUCCGCGGCCAGAAUGGCGGGCCGGCUGACGCCCUCGCAGCCAGAACUUGGCAUUCGAUUGAGGGACAAGAGCCUGGUGGCCUGGUCAUCAACAUCCACUCUGCAGAAGACGCCGCUGGCCGCUGGCGGUGGCCAGAAGCAGCGGCUGCCGCAGGAGCAGCAAGAAGCCCAAACAGAUACAGAAAACGCCAAGGCGGACAAGAAUCGCAUCAAUCUCAAUAUUGUGCUGGCCCAGACGAUACGCGCCACCAACGAGCAGGAGCCCAGCCACAGCGACAUUGACAGCGCCACGGAGUGCAGCGAGUUGGCCAAGGAGCAGAGCACCGCAGCCAAGCCGACCAUCACUGAGGCGAACGUCUCGGCCGCUUUGACCGUUCAGCGGCGUCCGCCCUUGGUGCGCGCCAUGUCCGCGCCGGUGCGCAUGGACGAGAGCAGCAAGAGCGCCCUUGCCACCGCCGCCAGCAAGCGCAGCCAGCAGAAGCUGCGUAGGCGCAAGAUCUUCACGCGUGCCACCUCCUCGGUGGCGGUGCCGUCCGAUAACAGCCCCAUGCUGAGCACCGAUGCCGGCGGCUCCAGCAAGAAGGCUCUCAGUCGCACGCGCAGUGUCAUUGCGCCGGACGUUAUCACCCUGGUGUCGCUUCUCAGCUCCGAGGGCAGUGACUCGGAGCGUGAGGAGAACUCCCCGGCCUCCAGUGAGAAACAGCCGCCGGCGGCAUUGCAGCGCAGUCCGCAGCGACGGGCGCCUCUGCUGCGCAAAACGGGCAAAUCGGUCUCGUUUCAAGACAGCUAUCCGCCCACCUUUCAACUGGCCUCCAAGGAAUACUCGCAUAUGAUCAGGCGCGGAUCGAUUGCCCCGCUGGCUGCGCGCAUUCGCGCCAAUCGACCUCCGACGGCGCCGCCCGUCUCCAUUUUUCUCAGCGAGCCUGGCAGCGAGUCGCGUCAGCGACAGCAGCAGCAGCAGCAGCUCUCUGACUCAUCCAGUUCACCUUCUGAGGAGGACAAGAAGGAGAACAACGCGGCCAACUGCAACGUGCAGCAGCAGCAGCAGCAGCAGCAGGAGUACAAUUUUCCGCUGUACGUGUGCAGCAUCAAGGAACGCGAGUGCUGGAAGCUGCACCAGAAGAUGUGCGCCAAGGGUGUUAGUGUCAGCUAUGAUACCGUGCUGCGGGGCAUGUUGACGCCCACGGAAUUCCGCCAGUUCCAAAAGCAGCGCGAGCACGAGCAGGCCAAGGCCCAGGAGGCCGCCGAUGCGCAGGCCGAGGCUGACGCUGCCGUAGCCGGCGACAAGGAAACCAAGAAGACGCCAACAACGGCCAUCGAACGCCUGUCCGAGUCCCUGCUGCAGAGAGAGUGAGCACGGCAGAGCGCACACGGCCGAGGACCAAGUUAUGCAUUUGCCCCAAACAAAAACCCAUUCAAGCCCCUUUCCCGGGCAGAUCUUCAUACGUAGAAGUAGCGUGCACUCGUUAAACAGCUACGCACCCAGCUGAGUCACAAUCCGAGGAUGCAUCCUGUUGUAGUUGUAGUUGAACUAGAGUCGCCAGUUCAUGCUUGAAGACGCUGUGCAGGCCAAUCGCAACUGAAAUUAGCUGAGAACAAUAAAUUGUAGACACCAAACACAA